GGGCGGGGAGGGGUUUUUUUUUUUGGGGGGUUGGGUUGGACCCCGCGGCGCUGCUGCCAAGACCGACCCCUUUGCCCAUCGCUCCUAAGGAACUCUCAUGGCUUCACGGCUGCAGACAAGUUGCCGUGCAUCGUGGUGGACUAUCGGAGUUUGCAUCCUGGCGGCCGCGCUCCUACCAGGACUGCGAGCUCAGACCGUCCUGGUCAAUGACACCGUGUCGGGGUUCAUCGGCACAGACGUGGUCCUGCACUGCAGCUUCACCAACCCCCUCCCCAAUGUGAAGAUCACGCAGGUGACGUGGCAGAAGGCCACCAACGGCACCAAGCAGAAUGUGGCCAUCUACAACCCUGCCAUGGGGGUGUCCAUCCUCUCCCCCUACAAGGAGAGGGUGACGUUCCGGAACCCCUCCUUCAAGGAUGGCACCAUCCAGCUCUCCCGGCUGGAGCUGGAGGAUGAGGGGGUUUACAUCUGUGAGUUCGCAACUUUCCCCACCGGCAACCGGGAAGGGCAGCUGAACCUCACUGUGCUGGCCAAGCCCACGAACUGGAUGGAGGGCACCAAGAGGCCGCUCAUCGCGAAGUCUGGCAGGACAGAAAAGAUCCUGGUGGCCACCUGCACCUCCUCCAACGGGAAGCCCCCCAGCACUGUCACCUGGGACACCAAGCUGAAGGGGGAGGCGGAGUUCCAGGAGAUCAGGAACAGCAACGGCACCUUCACGGUGAUCAGCCGGUACCGGCUGGUGCCCAGCCGGGAGGCCCAUCGGCAGCAGCUCAUGUGUGUGGUCAACUACCAGCUGGACAGGUUCACUGACAGCAUCACCCUCAACGUGCAGUAUGAGCCAGAAGUCACCAUCGAGGGCUUUGAUGGCAACUGGUUCCUCAACCGCAAGGAUGUGAAGCUGAUAUGCAAAUCUGAUGCCAACCCCCCAGCUCACACCUACGAAUGGAAGCUGCCAAACGGGACUCUGCCAGGGAGCGUGGAAAUCCAGAACAACACCAUCUACUUCAAAGGGCCCGUGUCCUACAGCGUGGCCGGCACCUACGUCUGCGAGGCCACCAACGCCAUCGGCACACGCUCGGGCCUGGUGGAGGUCAAUGUGACAGAAUUCCCCUACACCCCGUCUCCAAUCGAUGAUCACAAAUCCAUGGUGCAGCCGAACAUCCCCACACCGGUGAUUGGGGGCAUAGUGGGAGGAGUCUCGCUGGUCCUGCUGGUGGCCGUGGUGCUCUUUGUGGUACUCCGGCGCCGGCGUCACACCUUCAAGGGUGACUACAGCACAAAGAAGCACGUGUACGGCAACGGCUACAGCAAGGCCGGCAUCCCCCAGCACCACCCCCCCAUGGCCCAGAACCUGCAGUACCCCGACGACUCGGACGACGAGAAGAAGCCGGGCCCCUUGGGCGGCAGCACCUACGAGGACGAGGACGAGGAGGCGGGCGGCGAGCGCAAGCUGGGCGGCCCCAACAAGUACGAGGAGGACGCCAAGAGGCCUUACUUCACCGUGGACGAGGGGGAGGCCCACCCCGAGCCCUACGACGAGAGGACACUCGGCUUCCAGUACGACCCCGAGCAGCUCGACAUGGCCGAGAACAUGGUGUCGCAGAACGACGGGUCUUUUAUUUCCAAAAAGGAGUGCAACAACCCCAGCCUUGGCUGUACCACGUAGUUGGCAUUGAUUGCCACUUCUCCAAUAUCACAUCCCUCUUCUAAGCACAGGCUUGGUAGACAGGGUAGGAGUGAUUGAGCCUGGGGUAUUGAUCUCGUCCUCCUUCCCUUGAGCCACUGUGUUGUGAUGGGGAGGUUUGGAUUGCUGCUAUCUCUGCUCUGUGGAUAAAUGGGAUUCCAGACUUCAGGGCCCUCUGCCUCACACCGACCGUCUCCAAAAUUAGAUUCACUGGGUUGGGGCUUAUUUUUCUUCUUGUGGGUUAAUUUUAUUUUUUUUUUUUAAUUUGAUGUAUAAAUAAAUCUUUUGUUUGAAAAGAAAUCCCCAGUUUUCUGAGCUGUAUUAUCAUGCACAUCUAAAAAUAGCAGGACUAAUUUCUCCUCCUGCCUUACCUGCUGGGUUUUGUUCCAUAGCAUCCAGUGGUUUAUCCUGCUGCAGAAGAGAGGGUGGAGAGGCAGACCCACACAGAUGAGUCAAGGUCAGAUCUCUGAUCCAGGCAGCUUCCAGUGCUCCCCUUUGCCAUGUGGUGCUUGGUCCAGACCACAUGAAGCUCAGCCUGAGCCAUCCACAGUUUGUCCCUUGCUCUGAUUGCGUUAGUGGGGAAGGGGAGUGGGAAAUCCAAUUGUUGGCCUGUAAUCUUCCUGCUGUUCCUGCCAGCCCUUCAGGCUUCCUGGCUUCUGGCAGAACAGCCACAUGCCACAGGAAGGCUGCUUUAUGUCCUCUGGAAGGCAGGGCAGACAGAGCUUCCCUUGGGGUCUCUCAGGCUGAAGCUUAAAAAAUGAGGCUAAAACCUUCCUGGGUCCAUCCACUGCCCCCAGGAGCACCCUGAUAGUGAGAAACACCUUCCCCAAUAAAGGAAAUAAAAUCUCUUAACAUAUCUCUGAUGACUAGUCAGGGCUGGUGAUUAGGAGUGGGAAUGACUUCCCUCCAGUGCUUUGGGAUAGCAGCAUACACAGGGCUUUAAUUCCCCAAAGGAAUCUGUAAUCUGGACCAGGGCAGGGGCAGCACAGCUGGGGGUUGUACCUCAGCCACAGCUCACCCCAGUGUCACACAGGGUGUGCUGCAGAGGGAAUUCCCAGCAAAGUCCUCCUCCCAAGUGAAUAAUCCUUUAGGUCUGCAUUUCACAGCCAGGCUCUAAGCAGGACUGGGACAGUGUCUCCAGCACCAGGCUCUGGGUGGUCCAUCACCAGAGUGCAGUUGGUGGCACAGACACACUCUGUGAGGGGAUGGGUUUGGAAGAAAACAACCUUUUCUAAGAUCUGCAGGGUCCAGCCGAGAUUCUGCAUGUUCUUCAUUAGUCACAGGCAGGGGCCACUGCUCUGAGCUGGCAAAUUCCCACUGCACUGACCCCACAGGGAAGCUGUGCCCUAAAGACCAGAGGCACAAAGCCUGGCAGACAGAGCAGGAGGGCCUGGGAGGGAUCAGGACAGUGUGGAUGUUCCCAAGUUGAGGUGUGGCUUUCAGGAACUGUGAACAAGGAGUCCUGAGCAACCUGCUUUGGGUAGUUACUACUUUGCAUUUGGAGGUGUCGUUUUUGGAGAUGGUUCAUUUACUGCCUGUGCACACACUGUCCACACAGUUCACUGAAUGGGGCUCAAAAAACCCAGGGAAAGGAAAGGAGGUUUUGGAGCAACAUGGUAUUUCCAAGCUCGUUCCCUUUCUGCUGCAGCACAUUUUUUUCCUCCCCAGCACUGCACCAGCACAAAUGUAGGACUCAGCUCAGCCACUUACCUCAUCACAGUGCUUCAGAAAAGGGGUCAAACGAUUAUUUUUCAUCCAGAACCUGAACAAGCCUGGGGUGGAGGAUCCUUAGGCAGCGUUGCCUGGCACAGCAGUGAGGUACCCUGCCAGAUCAAGGUUCAGGAGGGCAUUCUUCUCAUCCUUGGGCCCUCCAGCAUUGCUCCCUCGGUGCAGUUGUCCCUGCAGCCACAGAGAAAUGCCACCUCUGUGCUGGGAUUUGCUUCUUGCUGUCCCAUGCAAGGUCAGCUAAAUGGCCAGGAGACUCUUGGGGUGGCAAUUAGCCAAGUGAUUAGCCUUUAAUCCAUAAGAAAAAGGCAGAAGGAAAAAGAAGUGUGGGGGUGGAAAAUCAGAUUGAUGUUACAUCUGAGAUCUGUUUUGGUCCUGUAAUAGCAUCACUGUCUUCUCUGGGUUGAAUUGCUCUGAGGGAGCCCUUGAAGGUAAUUAGAUCAGGUUUUCCAGCAUCAUCAGGAAGAAAGUGGUUCCUGUCUCUACCUGAAUGCAGGGGGGAGCUCAGGAGAGAUGCCAAAUUGAACACCACGUGCUUCCUGGGGGGUUCUGCAGGGGAGGGAAAGGUGCUGGAGACACUGCAGUGCUCACCUUGCAGGGACAACCUGCCCAGUGGCCCCAGGGGCUUCCUGGUGCAUGGACUAAGAGGGGGUCAGAGGGACAAUCUGCUCUCUCCUGAGGGGACAGUGUCACUUGUCCCUCUGUGCCCCAGUUUCUCACAGUGGGCAGAUUGUGCCAGGCUGGAAUUUCACAGCUGCCCAGGAGCUCCCAGGCUGGGUGACCCCUCUGGGACCCUCAGGCUGCCUGGAGUGAAAAAUCCCCUGCUUCUCCAUCCCCCCUUUCAUCAGAGGUGCUAAGGAGGUGUCAAAGGGCCCCGUGGGACCUGGGAAAAGAGCAAGUGGAAGCUUCCAGUUGGGAGAGGGAAGCUGUCCCCAUCCUCUCCUCCCCGGUGCUCGGGAGCUGCUGCUCUCCAGGGAUUGUCCCUUUACACACCAGUCCUGAGCUGGUGUGUCCCAUUAGGGGUACCUGGGCUGGCUUUUGUGCCUGGGAAACGCCUUCACCCCGCUGGGGACUGGGUGUCAGUGCCUGGGGGCCGUGGCUGGCUGCCCCACCUCCGUCUGAAGGGAUCAUUGUCCAGAUCCUGAUCCUUGCCAGUGAAGAGACGUAUCAGCAUGGUGCUUCUUCCCUUCCCCAGCCCUCAUCCUGGGUGGCAGCCUGAGGGGGAGCUCAGGCUGAACCCUGUGGGUCUCGUGACCCAAAACACUGGUGAAAUUUGGGCUGAUCCCCCAGUUUCUUCCCUGUGUGUAUUCAAGGAGCUGUACAAGCAAACCCAUCUUUGUCACAAACCAAAAGGAGCCUGUGGUUUUAUGUACAAAGACACCCCAGCUGUUUUCCUGCUGGGGUUUAUCUCUAGGAUUAUUCAUUGCAAUUCACCCUAGUGAUGUUAUUUUCCCUUAUUUAAUUACCAGGGUUAUUUUUUUUCCCCCCUGUUAAGUUAUUGUCAUUCAACCAGGUGGGGAAAAAAUAAAAAAUUACAAAAAGAAACAACCUGAGGAUUUCUUCGUGAAAUAAAUCAACAAACUGAAGUGGUUACACCAAAUUGAUUGCAAAGACAGGAGGGACAAAGGGAGCCAUUUUCCUGAUGUUGAGUCAAAAAGAAACAACAACUGUUCAGCAGAAAUCACAGAGGGUUAGAGAGAGAGAGAGAGAGAUUCCAAAGAUUGAUCUUCAAGCAAUUAGGGAAGGGAAUGUGAUUAGAACAGGGGCUGCUGCUCUGCUUUGCUGUUUGCCUUUCCCAUGCACAAGCACACACACACACACAUGCACACCGAGUUUUGGGAGUUUUGGGCACCAAUCCUUGGGUGGAAGGGGUUCCCCCCAUGCCCAGCUCCCUGAGGGAGUCAGAUGUGUCAUUCCUGCAGGCUCAGAGGUUUCCUGGCCCAGUUAGAUCCAGGAGGGGAGGCAGUGAGAUGGGUUGGAGCCUUUUGCCAGCAGGUUAAAAUCCACUUUCCCCUUUAUCCAAGCUCACAACCCCUGCUGUCGUAGCACUGAAGUUUUGGGUCUGCCCGGGCUGUGGGCAGAGGACCCCCAUGGGGAGAGGGGACCCUGCCAGCCUGGUGUGCACUGAUGCCUGUUCUUCAUUCCAUGGGGUGUAAAACAGCGCUUCACCCUCCCCAGAGCUGCACUUUCACCCCCCUCUUGCCACCCCCUUCGUGUUUGCUGAGAGGUGCUGGUGGUUUGAGCUGCAGGCUGGGAGAGGCAGGGCAAGGGUGGGAAGGUCUCAGGUCCCACCACUGCCUCACCAGCACUCCCCAAACUCACCAGCCUCUCCCCAGGGGCCACAGGGGUG